AUGUGGGUCCUCAGAUACUUGUCACUUACGGCCAUGGUGUCGGCUCUUCCAAUCGAUAGCUAUACCAACAACUCCAUUAACACAACAAAUGUUACCAUGACACAGCUCGCCAAGUCCCAAGGCUCUAGUGAUUUUUUCGAGUUGAAAAAGUACGCCAACUUGGCUUCUGUAGCCUAUUGUCUCAAUAAGGGUCUCCGAGAAUCGAUGAAAAUCGGCGACCAAGAAAAGACCUGUCCGUCUCUUGCAUGUUCUCACGAGGGAAUCAGCCACUACAAAGUGUUGAAAACAUUUCGCUUUGACGGUUGGUUUGACGUGGGAUCGUCGUUCAUCUCAGUCGACCAUCACGAACGCACAUUAUACCUCACCUUCAGAGGCACAUCGUCAACCCAGGAUUGGCUCAACAACUUCGAUGCUUUUCUCGUUGACUACACCCCGCUUGUAUUUACCAAUGGCAUGUCAGCCAAAGAACUUCGAUGUGAAGAGUGUAAGAUCCACAGAGGGUUCAAUUCGUUCGUAACACAAAACGGUGUGAAAGUUGUCAAGGAAAUGACAAAAAUGAAGAAAAAGUAUCCAAACUACCAGAUUGUCGUGUCAGGUCACUCCUUGGGUGGUGCGAUGGCACUCUUAGCGGGUAUCGAACUUCGUAUUUUGGGGUACGAUACCUUAGUGGUGACACUUGCUGGUCCUAUGGUGGGCAAUCAAGCAUUCGCUGACUUCACCAAUAAACUUCUUCAGACCGAUAAGGUCGUGACAUACAUCAGCAAGAAAAGGUCGUUUGAAUUUCUCGAUGUCGGCUAUGUGAGAAUGAUCCAUAAGCACGAUAUAGUGCCGUUGCUUCCCCCAUCCAAAAUCUAUCAACAUGCUGGGUACGAGUACUACUUGAGCAACCGAGGUGUCCUCCAGACACCCGAAUCAGUGAUUCGUCGAGGAACAAACUAUGUUGAAGAUGUGGAGAUGUCGUAUCAAGACAUGAUUCCCUCUGGGUUCUCUCGAGAUGACCAUGUCAAUUACUUCUUUCUGGUUACUUCAUGCGUGCCUCCAGAGGAUGCUUGA